CUCACCCCUUCCUCUAGACUUCUUCCAAAGUAGUUCCUCAAGUCGACCUUAACGUCAGAGAUAGUAAGUUUUUGUAUCUAUGGUACCGUGAAACUUCAGUCCUACCCUGAGCAAGGGUAAGGACCAUACACACAAGGAAAGAGGCAGCUUAGGAACAAAAGGCCAUGCUUAGCAAACAUUACCAUCACUAAAGAAACGUCUGGUCCACCAGGUGGUUAAUAUUUGACCCAGUCAUGCUCAGGGAAAAGGUGAAUGACUCCUUGUUUGUCCAUGAUUAGUGUCCUUGGUUUACAAGUCUCUGCCAAAGGAGAGAUCCUUAGAUAGGCUCUUCCCACCCCCUCACACGAGCACUACAUAUAACCAGACUGAGAGGAGUCUCUAGCUUCACACUUCACGACCCUGUCUCCAGGAGCACACAGCUAGACCCGUUCCCAGUUGGAGGAGAGCUGGCCAGCUUCUGAAUCUCUGUUGGAAGAGAUGACGAUGGGCCCAGGCCUUUUGUUCUUGGUCUUCUUGCUGGGUCUGGUUGCGGCCCCUCCAACUCUGGCUCAGGAUGACUCCAGGUACACAAAAUUCCUGACUCAGCACCAUGAUGCCAAGCCAAAGGGCCGGGACGACAGAUACUGCGAAAGUAUGAUGAAGAGAAGAGGCCUAACCUCGCCCUGCAAAGAUGUCAACACCUUUAUCCAUGGCAACAAGGGCACCAUCAAGACCAUCUGUGGAGCGAAUGGAAGCCCUUACAGAGAAAACUUAAGAAUAAGCAAGUCUCCCUUCCAGGUCACCACUUGCAAGCAUACAGGAGGGUCUCCCCGGCCUCCAUGCCGGUACCGAGCCUCUGCAGGGUUCAAACAUGUUGUUAUUGCCUGUGAGAAUGGCUUGCCUGUCCACUUCGAUGAGUCUUUUUUCAGUCUGUAGUCAGCAGGCCCUGGCACAGACCUAGCUUUUGCUUUCUUUUUUGCUUCAUCUCUCCUCAUAGCCCAGAACACUAGUUCCAGUGUUCACUGUCAGGGGCCAGAAAAUGAACUAUCUGAAACAAACGUUUUCUGAUUUACAAUGCACAGAAAUAAAGAUGUCUCAAAAGCCAUUAA